UGAAGUUGAAGGAGUCCCCCAGUCUGAAAGUGACACCGACAACAUCAAUUUGAAAGAGGGGGAGCACGUGGUUAAGUAAGUCUUAUAAAUCUCCCUCUUCAACCGGCCGCAUGCUGUUGUGCCACUGGCAACACCAGUUCUGUGGACCGAUUUUCAGCAAGAAGGGAUGGAGGAACGCGUCAACGGUCUACCAUUGUAUUAAAAGGAAAUACCGAUUAUCUUUAUACUUCAACGUACUUGCCAUACUUUUGAUUUUUUAAAUGCCGUAUUUUCUCAAUUUAUAUUGACCCAACACAUGCGUUAUUACAACUUUAAUAGGUUAUAUCUCCUCGAGACGACACCUUGCGAGUACCAGGACGGGUAGUUGUUUUUACUGUGGUAUGUUCUUCUGUCAAGAACGGCGAUGCAACUGCUCAGCGAAGCCCACGUUGAUUUUGAGAUAGAGAAAUCAAAGACGGACUUGUGCUGAGCGUGGUACUGGCCACAGUUGGAAAGCUCGCAGCGCUCUGAUGCGGUGGAGGUGUGCGCUAACCCACAGGCUACGUCUGUUCUGUACAACUGGAGAUAGCGAGCUAGCUGGUUGUAGUUUGUUUUGCUUCAAGAUUUUUGUAUUAAACUUUGAUUUGCAUUUAAUGGCCACAAUUCGGUCUUUUUCGUUUGGACAAUUUUAACUUUACGCGCGUUUAGUAUGCGUUUAUUGUGAAGUGAUUGGUAAUAUCAUACACAGCCUACUGCUGCUGUCUGCUCUCCGCUGCCCAUAUAACGGAUUUUACAGAUUAUUUCACCCUCAUGGUUGUUGAAUGGAUUUCCAGGUACAAUUUGAAAUACUGUGCUGAAACUGGGAUCACAAAACUACCACAUUUCCCAAUAUUUAGGCUACAUGUAGUUACGCGUAUAGGCCUAUAUAUAGUUGUCCCAAAAAAAUCCUAUAUUUUGGCGUUUUAAAUUUUUUUUUAAUAUAUAUUCCGUUUCCGUUAUUUACAUUCCCGUUCCAAGGCCGGUUUAUCUUUUUUGUCAAGAUUUCAAGACGCUGCUGUAGUCUACUUUUAGAGUUCACAAUGAACUACUGCGUUUUAAGUCUUCUCCUGACCUUGGAUUUAGCCACUGUGGCAGUCAGUUUGUCUACAUGCAGUACGCUGGACAUGGAUCAGUUUAUGAAAAAGCGCAUAGAAGCCAUCCGGGGACAGAUACUGAGCAAGCUGAAGCUCACGAGCCCCCCGGAGACAUAUCCAGAGCCCGAGGAGGUGUCCCGGGAUAUCAUCGCCAUCUAUAACAGCACGAGGGACCUGUUGCAGGAGAAAGCCAACGAACGGGCGGCGACGUGUGAGCGCCAACGAAGCGAGGAGGAGUACUAUGCAAAGGAGGUUCACAAAAUCGACAUGCAACCCCCCUACCCCUCUGAGAAUGUCAUCUCUCCCAUGCACUACAACCCGUACUACAGACGGCUCACCUUCGACGUGACCUCCAUGGAGAAGAAUGCCUCUAACCUGGUCAAGGCUGAGCUACGCGUCUUCCGCCUCCAGAACCCCAAGGCCCGCGUGUCUGAACAGAGGAUCGAGCUCUACCAGAUUUUGAGUCACAAGGACUUGGCGUCCCCGACGCAGCGCUACAUCGACAGCAAGGUGGUGCGCACGCGCACGGAGGGGGAGUGGCUGUCUUUUGACGUGACAGAGGCAGUCAGUGAAUGGUUGCUUCACAGAGACAGAAACAGUGGAUUCAAGAUCAGCUUGCACUGUCCGUGCUGCACAUUUGUGCCCUCAAACAACUACAUCAUCCCCAAUAAGAGUGAGGAGCUGGAAACCCGCUUUGCAGGUAUAGAUGACAGCUUCCACCACAGCGGAGACCUGAAGGUGUAUAGGAAGCGGCGCCACAGCGCCCAGGCUCCCCACCUGCUCAUGAUGCUGCUGCCCUCCUACCGCCUGGAGUCCCAGCACAAGAGCCACCGCUCCAAACGAGCCCUGGACGCUGCCUUCUGCUCCAGAAAUGUCCAGGAUAACUGCUGCUUGCGGUCGCUCUACAUCGACUUCAAGAAGGAUCUGGGCUGGAGGUGGAUCCACGAGCCCAAGGGCUACAACGCUAACUUCUGCGCCGGGGCCUGUCCCUAUCUAUGGAGUGCUGACACACAGCAUUCCAAGGUGCUAGGCCUGUACAACACCAUCAACCCGGAGGCGUCAGCAUCGCCCUGCUGUGUGUCUCAGGAUCUGGAGCCUCUCACCAUCCUCUACUACAUCGGCAAGACCCCCAAGAUAGAGCAGCUCUCCAACAUGAUCGUCAAGUCCUGCAAGUGCAGCUAGGGACUGUUACAAGGCAACACACAUUCAGUCACACACAUUCAUACACACGUGCAUAUUCAGUCACACACAUACCCACUUGCAUACACACACAUUCAGUCACACACACGUGCAUACACAUAUGCACGUGUGUAUGCACCUACCCACCCACACGUACACACACACACACAUACACACAUUCUUCGACAAACACAUACUGUACAUUCACACAGUCAGUCACACUAUCACUCACCUGCACUAUUGUACAGACAUAUUUGAUCUCCUACAAGCAAGUUGAAAAGGUGCUGAGCAGGUCUAGGUACAGAAAACAUGUCUCCCGAAACAACCAUGCACACACACACACACACACACACACGGGCGAACACACACACACACACACAGCUGUGGCUUUUGUACAGGCGUGCCUGUGUUUUUGUGUUUAGAAAGGCCCUGUCAACAUGCCUCACCUCACACACUUGUGACGCAAGAGUAUGACAAACACUGGAAAAAAGUAUAAGUGUCUAUAUGUGAAAUAAUACGUCUGAGAAACAAAGACGACCCCCCCGUUUUCAACAUUCAAAGCCAUCUCCUUGUUUUUGUUUGUCUCGUUUUUUCAUCCUUUUGAAACGAUUGUAAUUUUCUAUUUUGUUUAGAUUUCUGAUAAUUGUAUUGCCUAUUUAAAAUCCAGUGUUUUAUGGUUAGCACCCAACUCGUUUUCAACACUCUCUCGUGGUGGAUGAAUCCACUUCCCAAUGUCAGUUUACUAAUAUGUUAUAACAUAGUAACGUUGUAAUCACGUCCCAUAUGCUGUUUAUAUGUGCUGUAACAGCCACGUAAGGCAGAAAGAGGCUAGGAGACUUUAAGAGAGAGAGAGCGAGAAAGAAAGAAAAUAGGCGCACCUAGUAUGUCUACCUUUUCAACAGAGACUCAUCCUCACACAGGCAUACUCAUAAAAACACACACACAUCCCACACCUUGCAGCAGGCAACAUAUUCAGACUGUUGGAACGAACAGUCCUGACAUUUCGAUAACAAAAAAACGAAACUACAAAAGUGUCCCAAAGUAGUGUUGAGUUCUGUUUACCUUGUCUACUGAAUCUUGAAUUCUUUCGGAAGCUCAACAGUGAUAGUGGGUUCGAUCCCCGGGACCACCCAUACACAAUAAUGUAUGCACACAUGACUGUAAGUCGCUUUGGAUAAAAGCGUCUGCUAAAUGGCAUAUUAAUUAUUAUUAAAAUAAAAGGUACAGGAAAAUAUGUGAUUCCAUCAGCUACAAGCUACACAAGGGAAGUGAUGUCAUCAUGAACACACAUUUAACAGAGAUUUCUGUGGAUAUGUUGGAUUGUUCUGAGUAGAAUUAAAGGUAGAGUGGUCGUUGUCUAUAUGAUACAGUUGUAUGGGAAUGGGGAGGUAUAGUAGUUAGGGAGCUGUAGUGGUGUUGUAGUGAUUAUUAGAGAGAAGGGAUACAAUUGGUGAGAAUGGACAGUAGAUGUGACCUGGUUCAGAGAUUCUCCAUAGACCUAUGAGACUGUUCCAUUAGGUCUGAGGUUACUUUAGGUCAAAAGGUCAUAUUUACAGGUGUGCAGUAUCUAUGGACACCAGCGUUGUGUCUGCUCAUUCGCAUCCGAAAAGCUUUGUCUCGUCCGCCUCCCUCAAAGUGUAAAGCCAUUAUUCAGUCAUAGGUUUUUGUCAUUUGUAGGAAUAAAAAUUGUUGGAUACAAAGAAUUGCACUGACGCUAUUUUGAUUCUACCUUUUUUUAACCUUUUUUAUUAGUCGUUACUUCCCCCUUAUUAAAUGAGGAGUGUUGAUGAUGUGACUUAGAUCAGGAAGUGUAGGUGACAGUACCCCGCCCCUAACCCCACCCCACUUUGGGCACCCGCGGCAGUGGACUUCCUGGAAAACUAGGAAGAGGAGCGAGGCACCAAUAUUGUCAUGAUAGAGCUUUUAUUUUUCGUUGUUGUUGUUUAUGAUGAUCAUGUUUUUGUUGUUGUUGACCCACUAUGAUGUAUUGUAACACAUUAUUGUUGUGGUACUCUAGUGGUAAAUAAAUUAUUUAAAUUA